UUUCAUAUCCCCAGACAUGAUUGGGCUGUAUCAUGCCUGGUCUCCAGGAGACGCGUAGCCUACUCCCUGUUUUGGCGGGGGAAGGACUUGACCUGACCCUACACUCAAACUGAAAUCAUUCAAACACCAGAGUCUAUUCGAGAUGCAUUUCCAUCAACUGAAGGUAUUCAGGCUAUACUAGGUCACUUUAUGGAAAUGGAGCCCAUUCCUUCUGGAUGCUAGACUUGAUUGUGCGAUUCAACAGAGUUUCUGGACUAGACUAGACUGGACUGGUAUCUGGAACUGGAAGAUGACGGCUGUUACUCCAGUUCGCGUGCCGAAUCCGGAGUCCGAACACUCCGGACUGCUGAAAUUAAUGUCCGCCGCAUUCUAUGCCCUUUGCUCGUUCCUGAUCAUUAUUGUGAAUAAAACAAUCCUGACGAACUACAGGUUUCCUUCAUACAUGUUCCUCGGAAUUGGUCAGAUGGCUGCCACCAUUAUUAUUCUCUAUACCGCUAAAAUGAGCAAAGCAGUUCACUUCCCUGACUUCAAUAGUAGUAUACUUUACAAGAUCUUCCCACUCCCUCUUCUCUAUGUUGGGAAUCAUAUCACAGGGCUGGCGAGCACCAAAAAGCUGAGCUUGCCCAUGUUCACGGUUUUGAGGAAAUUCACGAUCAUCCUGACCCUGAUUCUGGAGUCCAGGAUCCUGAGGAAGACCUUUCCGACUCGCAUUGUCUGCAGCGUUUGUGCCAUAGUGUUCGGAGCGCUGGUGGCUGCCAGCUCAGAUUUGGCUUUCGACUUUGAGGGCUAUUUCUUCGUCUUGCUCAACGACCUGUUCACGGCCACCAGCGGCGUUUACACCAAGAAGAAACUCGGGAGUGAGACUCUGGGGAAGUAUGGCCUGAUGUUCUAUAACGCCUGCACCAUCAUAAUCCCCACCCUCCUGCUGAGCGCUGGCACGGACGAUUUAGAGAAGGCUGUUACCUUUGAGGAAUGGACGACAUACUCCUUCAUUUUCUACUUCCUGCUGUCCUGUGUCAUGGGGUUCAUUCUGAUGUACUCCAUCAUCCUGUGCAGCCAUUACAACUCCGCUCUCACCACCUCCAUCGUAGGAGCUACCAAGAAUGUGGCGGUGGCCUAUAUUGGCAUGUUCGUGGGCGGAGACUACAUGUUCUCCUGGUUGAACUUCGUAGGGUUAAACAUCUGCAUGUCAGGUGGGCUGGUGUAUUCCUAUCUGACGUUCCGAAGCAGCAUAGUCCAGGACAGCGAUGCAGGUAAAACACAGGAGCAGAAACACAGCCUGGAGGACCUGAAGGACCUGAAGGAUCACCAUGCAGAAAGAGGCCAGGCAGGCUUGUGACACCUGUGUGCAACAGCGCCCCCUGUCUGCAAAGGACAGCAUUACAUUUCAGCUUUUUUCUCUCUGUUCUCAUGGGCUCUGGAAGCCUUCAGAAAACAGUAGAGGUUGUUAAUUGUGAAAUUGUACAUUUUUAUAUGGUUUUGUGUCUGUGUGGAUUGGAGGGGUAUCAAAACAUGUUUUUAGUAAGGAUACAUGCUUACCAGAGGUUGAAAUUUAUUAUUUUUUUAAAGAAAUGUUUUUAGGAAAUGUAUUUUAUUUUUGUUUGUUUUUUUACAAGUUGUCAAUGUUGAAUGGAUGGGAAAAACACCAAGAAACCUGUCAGCACUGGCUGCUGCUUGUACUCAAUCUGUGUGUGCAAUUCGUUUGAAGACAUUUCAUUUUUUUAAUACUUGAGAAGUAGAAUGAUUCUGCGAUAAAUAAUGUCAUAAUUAUGGAAAACUUGCCUUUUUUAAAACUAAUAUUUUUACAUUAUUGGCAUUUGGCAGACGCUCUUAUCCAGAGUGACGUACAGUUGAUUAGACUAAGCAGCAGACAAUCCUCCCCUGGAGCAAUGUAGGGUUAAGGGCCUUGCUCAAGGGCCCAACGGCUGUGCGGAUCUUAUUGUGGCUACACAGGGAUUAGAACCACCGACCUUGUGUGUCCCAGUCAUUUACCUUAACCACUACGCUACAGGCCGCCCUAUAUAAUAUUUCAGUUCUAAAAGGCAAAAUAAGCGGAGAACAGGGUUUCUGCCUCCACUAAAUGACGUGGCAUGCUACUAACUCCAGUGACCACUCGCUGUAUGAAAAAAUCGUUUCCAACGUCUGCGGAAUUUAACUUUCGGUCACUUGCAUUUCUGCCACCACCUUAUCUGGGUCUAAAGCCGGCAAAGUGAAAUGGAGAGAGGGUGAUACUGAACUGAGGGCAGCAAGGCUCUUGUACUCAGUAAAAGAAACAUCACACAGCAGCCAUGAUUGAGAACUGCGUUUUAUUGGAAAAUGAGUACCAGCACUAUGGACUGCCUGUAAAAACCCUGCUUUAAUGUGAGCCCUACAAAGCAUACAAGAGAAGCUCUUUUCAAAAUGAAAGGAAAAAUAUAUUUUGGGUCAAUAAAAGGUCAUGACAAGUACCAACAAACCAAAAUGUUUUAACAUUUGUUUUUGAGCGGUGUAUAAAUAAAAAAUUCUUUAAAAUUCUGUAAAAAAUAUAUUUCACAUAGCUAAAACUGUGGAAGUCCAAA